AUGCCAUACCAGAGGGAGAGGGAGGAGCAGCAGCUCUUUGGCCUUGAUGAUGACUACUCUCUACCCAUCAACCACCGAGCAGAUAAUACCUUGGAGACCUCAGAUCUGGUCAUGGCCAGCGUCCACACAGCUCUUGGCGCUGAGAACAGGGGUUACCAGAUGCUGCAGAGGAUGGGGUGGGGAGGGAAAGGCCUUGGCAGGAACGAGGACGGCAUAGCGGAGCCCAUCAAGGGUGGGGUCGAGGCGGGGCUGCGACUGGGCUUGGGGAAAGCAGAGGAGGACAGCUUCUACACAGCUGCAGAAAAUGUUGUAAGGAAGCGGCUGGAGGUGGAAGUGCAGGCAGAAGAGGACGAAGCACGCACCAGACGAAGAGAGAUGGCCGUCGAACGCAAGCAGCGCAUCAAGGAGGACACCAGCACUGCCAAGCGCAACCUGUACUGUGAGACGUGCCACAAGCAGUACAAGUCCGCGGCUGAGCUGGACACACACUUGAGCUCCUAUGACCAUCAUCACAAAAAGGUGUCACUCUGGAGGCUGAUAGAGAUGAAAGCCAUGACGGCCGAGAGGACAAGGAGCGACAGGGAGCGGAAGGAGAAGAGGCGGCAGGAAAAGGAAGCAGCCAAGCUGCAAGAACAGAUCGAAAGAGCGCACCAGGCGCGGAUGGCAGCAGAGGGGUCUGCAGGCGGCCAGGCUGCGUCAGGUCCUCCCGGGCCUGCUUGGGAUCCCCCGCCCCCACCACCGGAAGAACAGCCGCCACCACCGCCACCGGAUGUCCCACCACCGCCACCACUGCCGCCGUCGGAGCCUGCCCCAGCCGGCUUCAGUGGCUUCAGCUUCUCGCAGGCAGCCCCAAGGCAGCCACUGGCAUCCAGGAAAGAUCAGGAGCCAGUAUUGCAGCAGCAGGGAGCGGGUGCGCAACUUGGGAGUGCGCCCGGAGUGCAGAUGAGUGUUGGCAGAAAUGAGCAGCAGCCCAUGCAGUUCAGCAUGCAAGGGAGAGGGGUGCAGCCUGGGAGACAGACUGGGGCACCGGGCAGGGGAUUUAGCCUAUCAGGAGGGGCGCGCAAGGCGGCAGUGGCGCCUGUGGCCGGCUUUGGGCUUGAUUCUGAUGACGAUGAAUGA